UGCACAGGUGUGCGUUUGAGCUCGACUCGUUAACUGGAGGCUACCCUGCCGAGCGGACGGUAACCGGAACGGACAGCAGCUCCUUCUUCACUUUUAUCUCGCAGUUAGCUGUAGGCGACUCAAACAUGAACGCGACUGAAUUUGACUUGCCGCUGGCCGAGUAUGAUUUCGAGCGCCGCUUUGAUGAGAGGUUUGCUAUUGAAUGGAUGCAGGACAACUGGAAAACGUCGUUUUUGUUUGGUGCCGUGUAUGUAGUGCUCGUGUUUGGUGGGCAGCACUUCAUGAAGCAAAGACAAAAACUUGAUCUGCGUAGAGUCUUACUGCUGUGGUCCCUCAGUUUGGCCGUCUUUAGUAUGAUUGGAGCGGUGAGAACCGGGUGCUUCAUGUUGUACAUUCUCCGAACCAGUGGUUUUAAACAGUCUGUUUGCGAUCAGAGCUUCUACUACGGGCCGAUAAGCAAGUUCUGGGCUUGUGCUUUUGUGCUGAGCAAGGCCCCCGAACUAGGGGACACCAUGUUCAUCGUCCUGCGCAAGCAGCGGCUGAUCUUCCUGCACUGGUACCAUCACAUCACCGUGCUGGUUUACUCCUGGUAUUCCUACAAAGACCAGGUCGCUGGUGGGGGCUGGUUCAUGACCAUGAAUUACACCGUCCACGCACUCAUGUACAGCUACUACGCGGCUCGAGCUGCUGGACUCCGCGUGCCAAAACCCUGCGCCAUCAUCAUCACUUCCUCCCAGAUCGCUCAGAUGGCCAUGGGGCUGGCAGUAAGUGCGCUAGUGUACAGAUGGAUGCAGGACGGAGAUUGCCCUUCUUACAUAGAUAACAUAGUGUGGGCUUCACUCAUGUAUCUCAGCUAUCUGCUCCUCUUCUCUUCUUUCUUUUAUCAGUCUUACGUAAAGGGUUCAAGACCCACAGGCAUCAAAACCGAGUGAUCUACAGCUCUGAGGUUUAAAUACGAGGCUUUUAUUUCUGAUGGUUUACCUUGUUAAAAUGCAUAUGUAUUUGACGUUUUAAAGGAAGGUGAACAAUGAAGAUGCGCGUGCAAUUUUAUAUUUAAUUUUUUUAAAUAAUAGCUAUGUUUCAGGGCCAUUUUUUUUUUCUAGUUGAUAUUAGCUGAGCAAAGCGCAUCAAAUACAGCUCUUGAUUUUGCUGCUGAAAACUUAAAUGGUUUUGUAGAGCUUCUACUCACUCUUUGCACAUGGCCUGAGCUUGGCUGAAGCGUAGGGUGUAUGUUGCAGCAUGUGCCAAGUUCCUAAUAAUCUGCGCUCGUAGUCAAAGAACAAGCUUCCUAAUCUAAAAGUACAACUUGAGACGUUUUAAUUUGGCCACCUUUUGUAAAUUUUCAUCCGUUCUGUGCACGCUCUCUUGGGUGUUGCUUGUUCAGUGUUUCCACCUCAUGAUGUCACAGAAACAUGAAUUAUCUGUGCUGACUGGUUGGACUGGUUUCCAGACAUUUUAAAUUGGGCAUUUUUUUGACUGGAAUUCUCUAGAAGGACGACACCCAUGUUCUCGCUCUCAUUCUGUGCGUGCUUCUGUCAUGAGUUCACUGCGGCUGACAUUGAAGUUACAGCAUGUAAAACCAGCUUAGGAACGAUCGAUUUUUAAACUCUUGUUCACCUUUUGAUUAAUGCAUGGGUCAUUAUGAAAUGGUUCCUUUUUGCGUUUUUGUGGCUGUACUGAGUUCUGGAUUGGUGCUUGACAGAACCGUUAACUGUCCUUAUAAUGGUGUUUGUUACCCGAGUCAUUAGUAAUGUGCACAGUUUUAUUUAUAUAUUUAUAUCCGAGUCACAUUUGGGAGAUUUGGGGUAUUUAUUUUCCCACUGCAGUUGCAAUGAAAAGGUUUCUAACUAAAUGAUCUUUUAAAAAAAGAUAUUGUUUUAUGUGAUCAAGAGCAAUCAGAAACGAAUGUAGUAUCAUUGGAAAUGUUGCUGCUAACGUCCAAGAUUUUUGUUGUUGUCUGUCCUCUGGUCUCUCUUGUCUGUUCCUGUUCAAGACUGUGAAAGAUUUUGUCUAUCCAUUUAAAGGACAUUUUGAUUAAGAGAUUUUAUGAUUUUUGUCUUAAAAUGUUGAAGAUGGCAGCCAUAUGAUUACUUUGUUUUAUUAGGAACAUAAAAGGUGAAUGUGCUGCCUCUAGCUUACGUUACAAGGUAUAGACAUACUUCUGUAUUUUAAAAAGGAGAAAAAUGUAAUGUAAUAGCGCUGAAUGUAAAUAUUUAUCUUUCCUGUCUCAUCACCUGUACAAGUUCUUAGCUCCUAUGAAGAAUGAGUUUUGUAUUUAUUUUUGUCAUUUAAAUAAAACUGUUUCUAUAAA